AUGUCGGCAGCUGCUGAGGUUCAGAGGACGGCGGCCGUGGACCUGGGCGCCCUGCUAGACGCGGGCGAGGGCGCGGUCGUCACACUGGUGGCGGGAGAGACGCGGCUGGCGGCGCACCGCGCGGUCCUGGCCGCCAGGAGCCCCGUGUUCCGAGCCAUGUUCCAGCACGACACGCUGGAGGCCAGCUGCGGCGAGGUCAGAAUCGCGGACGUGGAGGGCCUGGUGCUGAGGCAGCUGCUGUCAUACAUGUACACCCUGCAGGCCCCCCAGCUGACCGACACGGCCCCAGAGCUGUUGACGGCAGCCGACAAAUAUGGCCUGUCCGCGUUGAAGGCCGCCUGCGAACAGCAGGUGGCGGCGAAGCUGGAGGUGGAGACGGCGGCGGCUGCAGCUGUGCUGGCGGUGAGGCACUCGUGCCCCAGCCUAACUGCGGCCGCCGUCCACUUCAUAAGGACCACCGACUAUAAAGUAAUGGCUACGCAGGGCUGGGCAGAUGCUAUGCGUAGCUGCCCUGAGCAUCUGACUGAAGUCAGUCGGCUGCUCAGUGAACCACCAGCAGAAGCCAGGUGA